AGGCAAAGCCCGGAGAAACUGCUGAGAUGAGGUGGGGCCUGCCUCCUCUGCUUCAGACUUGCUUGGAGUUCGGAGCUCAGCUGAGCCAUAACGGAGGCUCACAAGGAAGAGAUCCUGUGAAGCACAGAGGAUGUACGUUAAGGAGUUGGGGUGUGGCCAGAUAUCUGCCUGGGGAAUUCUGUACUGGAAGGCUCUCCCAGCUACUCAGGCAAUCCUGUGCCUGUCUCCAUGGCUUUCAGGAGCAUCUCUUGGGUGACCUGGCUCACCACAUAGUUUCACUGAGAGCCAUCAUGAGUUGGUACAGCCAGUGGCCUGCCUUUCAAGUUCAAGGUCAGCCUUAGCGAUGGAGAGAGAGAGUUCAAGACCAGCUGGACUACAGGGGAACUGUCUCAAAACAAACAAAAAUGAGCUAAGAGGUUAGGAAGAUGGCUCAGCAGAUAAAAGCAUUUGCCAACAACCUGAGUUCCAUCCCAGGAACCUAUGAAAAGACUGAGGGACAGAACGAACUUCAGAAAGUUGUCCUCUGACCUGCUCAUGCACACAGUGGCAGGUAUGCAUACACACCCCUACACACACACAUACACACACACAAUUUUUAAAAUGUAAACCAGCCAGGAGGUAUCACUUCUCACAUGUCAAGAUGGCCACAGUCAAGAGAAAGAGAACAACAAGUGUUGGCGAGGAUGUGAAGAGGAUACAUUGAAUCAAUGGUUCAGUCACUAUGGCAACAGGAUGAAGCAUUGACCCGAUGGUGCGGUUGCUACGGAAACAGGAUUCUGGUUCCCCCCAAAAGAAAUAAAAGAAAAGAACUACUGUA